AUGCCGGAGAACGAGGCCGGAGUUCCUGAAGGACGUGAUGCGGUCCGAAAAUCACGCUCAGCGGCGAAAGGCUGGGUGACGCGUGCAUCCAAUGCACUGAAGCGUGCAUGUAAGGAUGCACGUCAACCGUUUGGGAAGGAUGCCGUAAGUAAAGUGGCAAUAGAAAGCUGUAUCAAUGACUUCGAUCGAUAUUUGGUGUCAUUUGAGAAGGCCCAAUCGGAAGUUGAAAUGACAAUCGAAGAUGAGCUUGCACAAGAGCAAGACAUUGAUCAGGCCUUUGCUUUCAUAUCUGAGGCAAAGCAGUCUAGGCACGAGGCACAGAUUAUGUUGGAAGAGAUUGUGACCCGUAUGUCAAAGGGUCCAAAAUCGAAAGACAGUAAUGACGAUUUCGAUGACGGGGCAAGUUGUGCCUCGAACAGCUCCAUGGCGUCGAUGGGAAGGGUACGCCUUCCCAAGUUGGAACUGCCAACCUUUUCAGGGGUGAUAACGGAAUGGCAGUCAUUCUGGGACCAAUUCACCGCACUUGUCGAUGAAAACGAGAGUAUACCGGAGAUAAGCAAGUUCUCGUACCUCUCUUCGCUGCUCGAAGGUGAGGCUAAGUGUGUGAUAAAGGGUCUCCCAGUGACGGAGGAGAACUAUCACAUCGCAAGCAAGUUGCUAACGGAUCGGUAUGGAAGACGUGAAAGGAUUAUUUUCACACAUGUUCAGGCCUUGUUAAAUGCGUCUAUGCCUGGACACGGACAGGGUGGAAAGAUGGUUGGAAAUCGAGUUUCAGCACUUUGGCGGUUGCAGGACGAACUAUUGCUACACAUUCGCAGCCUCCAAGCCCUCGGUAUAGAGGGAUCGGAAUAUGGUUUCCUACUGACCCCCCUGAUUCUGUCACGCUUGCCUAAUGACAUACGUAUGGAGUGGGCACGGGAGAGUGACGGAAGGGAAGCGGAUUUGGAGUUCCUACUAGACUUCAUGAAGAGGGAGAUAAAUCGACGAGAGAGAUCGGAAACCUUUAAGGUUUUGACCAAGACUGACAAUGUUGGUACCCAGGGACAUGGGAUUGAUGCAACAGCUGACAUGGCUGAGGACAAGCAACGUGUGGCGACUGCAUCCGCCUUGCAGUCACAUAGUGUAGCCUCACAUUCUGGUGGUAAUUCAUGUGGUGUAUGUGGGAAAACCCACCAGACUGAGAAAUGCUGGGGAUUGUUAAACCUCCCAGUUUCAGAGAGACAUUCGAAGGUGCAGUCAUGUAAGUUGUGUUUCAGGUGCUUGGGUAAGUCACACUUUGCCAAGGGUUGUAUUGCACAAUGUUCAAAGUGUAAGGGUCGACACCAUGCCAUUUUGUGCAAUGGUGGUAGUGGUAAAGUGAACAAGGCUAGGCAAAGUGGUUCACCCUCUGUUAGCAAAACCCAGAGUGGUGAUAGUAAGGGGACAGGUAAAUCUAGUAGUAGUGAUACUGGGGUCAAGACACCUGAGAAGUCUAAGGGUCAGGAUACUGGUACGAUGAAAGCUAAUAUGCAUUCUAUUUCAGCAGGUAGCAGUGUUAAUUCAGGUAGUAGGGUGAACACUGUGCUACAGACAGCCAAGGUAAAGAUAGUGGGCAGGCAGGGCUGCACUGAGGCAACAUUGAUGUUUGACAGUGGGUCAGACAGGUCAUACAUCACCUCAUCAAUGGUAAAGAGAGUGAAACCGGAGUGGGUUGGCACAGAACCCAUUUCUUAUGCAGCCUGUGGGUGCAACACUCCUAGUGUGGAACGCCAGUGUAAUAUAUACAAUGUGCAUUUGAGUGGCAGCCACACAGGUUCAGGUGAGAACAUUUCUCUAAAUGUCGCCGAGGUACCAGUCAUUUGUAACCCAUUGGUGAGGCCCUUGGUCCCGUGCGAACUGCUGAACAUUCUCGGCUCUGACAUCCAGUUGGCUGACUCAGUCUCAGAGAACAGAGAGAUUACAGUGGAUAUCCUCGUCGGUUUAGAUCUUUAUUGGAAACUCAUGAAGCCACAGAGGUUCAGACAGGUUGGUGGGCUGGUUGCUCAGGAGUCGUGUUUUGGAUGGGUCUUAUCAGGUUCGUGGUCAGAUUCAGGUGGUGGAGUUCAGUCUGUUCAAUCAGGUGCUUGUUCAGUCUCCCCUCAGUUGAUGUGCUUGGGGAAUGUCGGUGACUCUGAUCUGCGUAGAUUCUGGGACUUGGAGUCCGUUGGGAUCUCUCUCACUGAACAGGAAACUUUGAACCCCAAAAUUGAUCCUGUUUUGAAGCAUUUUUCAGAGAACGUCCAGAAGAAUGGGAGCCGAUACCAGGUGGCGCUGCCUUGGAAAUCGGAAACAGCCAAGGGCAGACUGCUGAACAACGAGGCAAUGGCUUGGAAAAGGUUGAAGCAGCUGAACCGGCGAUUUGAUGGAGACCCUGAGCUGAAGCAAAGGUAUGACCAAGUAUUCCGUGAGUAUGAAUCUAGUGGUUUCAUAGUGGAGGUGCUGGCUCAUGAGAUGGAAAAUCCCAACCCCACAUUCUAUCUGCCUCAUCGGCCAGUCGUCCGUGAAGACAGCCUGACUACCAAGGUUAGGCCGGUGUUUGAUGCCUCGGCAUCAGGUUAUAAUGGGGUGUCCUUGAACGACUGUUUGGAGACUGGACCCUCAUUGCUUGCUAGUCUGGUAGAUAUCCUGAUUCGCUUCCGGCGAUGGCCUGUAGCGAUCACAGCAGAUGUGACGAAAGCUUUCCUACAGAUAGGAGUCCGACCCGAAGAUCAAGAUGCACAUCGUUUCCUAUGGGAUGAUGGUGGUAGGGUACGAGUCAUGAAGUUUGUCAGGGUCCCCUUUGGGAACAAAGCAAGCCCAUUCCUCCUGAAUGCGACGAUAAGACAUCACUUGGAUAGUUAUCCCCCCUCUGAAGUUGUACAGGAGUUGAAGGAUAAUAUUUAUAUGGAUGAUUUCCUUUCAGGUUGCGAUGAGGCUACCAGAGGGUGUGAGGUAUUCGAUGAGGCACAAGAGGUGAUGGGUGAAGCAGAGUUGACCUUUGCUAAGUGCACGUCCAACAACAAGGUGUUGGUGGACAAGUUUCGGAGCGACUUUGGUUCAAAGCAUGUGGACAGUGAGUCUGUAAAGGUACUGGGUAUGAGUUGGCUUUCCCGUGAGGAUUGCUUUGUGUUUGAGGGCAUUCCCCUUCCUCCCUCCGCAGAACUCAGUUGUACAAAGCGUGUUGUGUUGAGUUUCACUGCUCGACUCUUCGACCCCCUGGGGCUUCUUAGCCCUUUCAUCAUGAUGGCAAAGAUUCUUUUCCAAGAAAUCUGGCGCCUUGGGUUGGGUUGGGAUGAAGAGUUGCCCCCUGAGUUGAAGCUGCGUUUCAUCUCAUGGUUGGAUGGCAUUAGUGUCAUCAAACAGUGGAAAAUUCCCAGAUGUUACACAUCAGGUGGGCCUUGGAAGGGCAUUGUGGGUCUGGAGCUGCAUGCAUUUGGAGAUUCUUCGACCCUUGGAUAUGGAGCUUGUGUGUACCUUAGGAUUCCCAAGUCUGAUGGUACUUAUGAAGUAUCGCUGGUGUUUGCCAGGGCCAGGGUUGCCCCUGUCAAGCCUGUGUCCUUGCCCCGAUUGGAACUCAUAGCCAGCCUGUUGUGUGCUCGAAUUCUUGUGUUCACUCGCUCAGCCCUGAAGUUGCCAGAAGAUACGACGUAUCACUGUUAUUCAGAUUCUCAGGUUGCUCUAGCUUGGAUCAAGGGAGACCCCUGUCGAUGGAAAAGUUUUGUAGCGAACAGGGUUGGUGAGAUUCAACAGCUCACCUCGCCCUCUCACUGGUCACAUUGUCCAGGUCCUGAAAACCCAUCAGACCUGGUUACGCGAGGGUUAUCAGCCAAGAAAUUGAUCACUUCUGAGUCGUGGUUGCAUGGUCCUGUGUGGUUGGCGUCGUCUUCAGACUCGGUUGACUUGAUUGAGGAAGAUUCGGAAUUGGAGAAUUGUGAUGAAUCGGUCUCAAGUCUUCUAGUGCCUGUUGGUGGUGAAGUUGUGAAACAGGAACCGGCAAUCUCUCAGUUGUUUGACUUGAACAACUUGAAGUCCUAUCCAAGGACAAUUCGGCUUGUGGCUUUAGUGAUGAGGUUCUGUCACAACCUACGGUCUGCUGCUUGUGAUAGAAGGUUAGGACAGCUGUCUCAGGAUGAGAGGUCGAAGGCCCAGGUUCAGUUGUUCAGGUUGAUGCAGGAUGCUUCUUAUCACCGUGAGAUAGAAGCUCUGAGAAAGGGUAAACCCCUCCCAAGGGAUUCUGCUCACAAGGAGUUGGACCCCUUCUUGGAUAAGACUGGAUUGUUGAGAAUGAAGGGACGUCUCCAGUUUUCUGAGCUCAGUUAUGAUAGUAAACACCCAAUCAUUCUGCCCAAGGGACGAGUGUCCUACUUGCUGGUCAGAUUUCAGCAUUUCCUCAUGAAACAUGCUGGAGUCACCACUCUACUGACUGCCUUGAGGUCCAACUACUGGAUAGUAGGCCUGAGACAGUUGGCCAAACAUGUCUAUUUUCCCAAGAAGAAAUUCUAUAUCCUGUUGUUCACUUGCGCGGUGGUCCGGGCUGUCCACCUUGAGCUCACAGACUCAUUGAACCUACCUGAUUGUAUCCUGGCGAUUCGGAGGUUUGCUGCUCGGAGGGGUCUCCCCUCUGAGUUCCAUUCUGAUAAUGCAGCCACGUUCACUGGGGCAGAUACUUUGUUGCAGCAGUAUUUUGGUCCCCAUAGUCCAAAGUGGAAUUUCAUCGCCCCAAGGUCCCCAUGGUGGGGAGGGUUCUGGGAGCGGCUUGUGGGUUCAGUGAAGCGGUCUCUGAGGAAAUCGCUGGGUAAGAAAUCACUGACUCGAUCAGAGCUUGAGACUACGUUGCAUGAGGUAGAGGCAAAUGUCAACUCGCGACCUUUGACCUUCGUUGGUGACAGUUUGGAUUCCCCAAACCCCUUGACACCUUCACACUUCCUCAUUGGUAGGCCCGCUGGAUUUCAAGUUGAGAUUGCGAAGGAUUCUCUCAAUAAUCCUGAGGUUGUGCUCGCGAAGGAUUUGGGUGCUCGAGAAGCAGUCCGUCAAGCUAGGCUGGAUGAUUUCUGGAAGGUGUGGAGCGAUGACUAUUUGAGAAACCUUCCCCCUGUGUCUAAGAAAUUUCAGGCUUCUUGCAAUGUGAAGGUUGGAUCAGUAGUGUUGAUCAGAGAGGAUCAUGUCCCUCGGAUGUCUUGGCCCCUAGCUGUGGUCACUGAGACCUUUCCUGGUAGGGAUGGCAUUGUGAGAAGUGUUCGCCUGAAGACUGCCACUGGGUUUCUCACUAGAUCUGUUCAGAGAUUACAUGACCUUGAAAUCAGUGCACCCCUGCCUAACCAAGAUUCUGAUGCUUCUGAAACCAAUAAUGUUGAUUUGAAUGAAUCCUUCAGUCAGGACCUUGUCGCUGACUUGAGAGGAAAUCUUGAUACUGAUGUUGACACUGAGGCAGUCUCUGUCGUUGAGACAAGCACAGAGACCCCCUCUAGGCCUAGUUGUGAAUCUGAUGAUAGCGUUGCUGUAGCGAAGACUACUAGAACUGGCCGGGUCGUUAGACCACGGGAUAGAUUGGAUCUGUGA